AUCUCCAUCUUUGACUGAUUUAAGAGUUUCCGCUGCUUGUUAUGAAGUUGUCAGGUACGUUUACUUGUCCUUGAGUGAUGUCAUAUCGGAGUUAUAUUUAAGUCUGAGAGAUUUCCUUCAAACGACAGCAUAUAUUGGAUUCUCUUAGAUUUUUAUCGAAACACCAACGACAAUGCAGAAGAUCUCUGAUACAUUUGUAGUGUACUUUUUGACCAUUUUUGGAUAUUUUGGAGAAGUAACACCAUACAGUGUAUUCCACGACAAAUCCCAGACAACUAUGGACAGAACUGGUUGUUUGUACGAGGGACGAAUCAUUCCUGACGGGAAGUCAGUGGCCAUGAAGGGAUCUUGCCAAAUCUUGAAAUGUUUCGGAAAUAAAUUCCAAAAAUCUAAUGAGGCGUGUGCAAAAAUUACAUCAAGGACAUUCAAAUGUUUUCCUGGAGAAUCACACAUUGACCAAACAACUUGUAUUAUGUCAGCAUGUUUUGUCGACCGUAAGGGAUACAGCAUGACACACACUAAAGGAUGCAAAAUCAAUGGAAAGUGUGUUUUUCCAUCAGACUUUAAAGAUACAUUUGGUCUCCGAUUUUUGUGUCAUCAUAUGAGGUGUACGGGAAAAGGAAUCAUCAAAUCUCAAAAAAAGUCUCUGUGUUCUGAAGGCGAUCUAUGUCGCUCGACACGCUGGAUAGAUGCAUACAAGUGCAUGGACUGAGAAGUGAUAUAAUUCCCUGUCAUCUCAUUAUUGUAGAUAAGCAUUAUGUCUUGUUUUUGGUUACAUUUUCUGUUAUUGUUCUUGUUAACUUGAUGAAAUCGUAUACAUGUAUACUGAAAUAUUUGGAGAGAGAGAGAGAAAGAGAGAGAGAGAGAAAGAUCUUUUUGCUGACUGUGUGUCAUAUAAAUUGAGUGAAAACUUUAUUUUAAUCCCUUUUGAUUGAAGAAUGUUUAGAAAAUUAAUUUAUCUUUAUAAAAAUGCCAAAAGUAAAUUUCAUGAAAUUCGGUCAAA